CAUAGACCGACCCCGAAGGUUUGCCCGCGACCGCGUAGACGGGAGUUGCGGAGUGGGUUACUAGUGUGCCGCGGCGGUGUUGCGCGGGGGCUUCAGUGCUUGCGCCGGGGGUUCAGUAUUUUUCUAAUGAAUUAUGAAAAACGCGCGACGAGCAAAGUGCCCGGCUGGCAGUUGGGCGCUAGCGUGGGCCCGGCGCGUCAGCAAAAUAAAACGCUCCGAAUUCUACUACUACUAUGGCUAUGCUAGUAAGAAGCCGACCAAGCCCGCGCCCCUCGUCGGCUAUGUUUUGGGGCAGCAGCCUGCCCGAUUUUCGCGGAUGCGCCCGGCCCAGUUUGCGCAGGGCCCGCGCAUUUUGGUGGCUGCCCGGCUACCCCCGCCCGCCUGCCCCCCUGCUCGGGCCUCGGGGUUGUUAUCUAUGUAUCGGGGAGCCGGGUGCGCCGUUUUGUGGAGUCUGCCGGGCGCCUGCAUUGGCACGGCUUCCAGGGGGUGUGUUUCGAAGUUCUCCCGCCGCCAUCUCCCCCUGCUGGCUCGCGCACGCCGUGUGGUCUGAGUGAAUUGUGGCGCCUUGCUUUUGUUGGCAGAGGCAGUCUGGCCGCUAGAUUGCCGUCUUAACGACCCGCAAACGGGGCGCAUGUGUGUGGGGAGAUGCGGCACCAU